ACUCACUCACUCUCAGUCACACCUACCCAACAGCCUCGCACAGCCCUCUGUGUGUGAGAGACAGAACCGAUCUUGACAUCCUGAGGAAGAUGAUGCAUGUCUACACCAGAGGAGCAUCAGCAUCCAGGACAGGAAUAUAGCUCCUAAACCUGCUGAGACAAAUACAUGCCAAGGACUGCACAGACAGACAGAGAGAGAGAGAGAGAGAGCCCUGAGGGAAGGACAGCAGCAGCAGCAGCAGCAGCAGCAGCAGCAUUUCAGAAAGGGCAAAGCAGGGUGGAAGAGGCAAAAAUUUGCAGGUUUAUUCUGUUGCUAAGGAUCUUUAAAGAGGACCUAUACAGCAUCGUGGGAACACAGACAUCAACUCUCUCUCUCUCUCUUACUGUCUAACAAGAGAUCCUGCUGCUGCUGCUCUUACUAUAGAAAAAAAAACACCCAUUAAAACUGCUUCAUAGUCUGAGACCAUGAGUGAGGCGAAGAAAGGUGAGCUAGUCAUCCGGGAUAAAGCCAUCCUGCACCAGCAGAGGCGUCUGAAGCAGGCCACCCAGUUCACACACAAGGACUCAGCUGACCUCCUGCCCCUGGACGGGCUGAAGAGACUGGGCACGUCUAAAGACUUGCAACCUCACAGCAUCGUCCAGCGUCGCCUCCUGGAGGGAAACAUCACACGGCUGCGAGGGGAGGCCCGGGACCCAAGCUCUAGGGUUCGCUCCCCACUCGCCGACACCAAGGAUGGACCGGCCGACGCCGAGGAGAGGAGCGAGAGCACAGCUGACGACUCCACAGAGGAGAGAGAGUCUCUGGAGGAAAGCGAGAGGAGCUUACGGUCGGAUGAGGAGGACGACAGCAGUGAAGCCGGGGCCAGACAGACAGCUGAGAAGACCGAGGGCACGGAGAGCUCGACCCUCCUCACAGCUCUGGUUGUUCAAUGCAAGUGCUGCGAGACUGAAGUCAAGGCAUCUAUCAACACCGGCAGCCAACACAACCACAUCUCCUCCUCCUGCUGCCAGAGGCUGGGACUGGUGCCCAGUCAGGACAGCCCACCAUGUGGUGGGACCAGUUCAGUGACGGGUCUGGAGCUGCAGCUGGGCAGACAGACGGUCCAGUGUUCAGCUUAUGUCAAAGAGGAUGAGGCGUUUGAGCUGUGCCUGGGUCUUCAGACUCUGCUGGAACUUAAUUGCUGCUUGGACCUGAGCAGUCGGGUGCUGAAGCUGCAGGGCUGUGACGAGGAGCUGCCCUUCCUGAAGCCUUCGACCGACAGCCAGUGCCAACACGACACCAACGAGAACCUGUGAGCCCGAUUCGACGGCGGCGAUCGCUUCCUCGCAUCUCGACUGCUGUUUGCGGCGACGCGGUGCGAUGCAGUUUGUGUCUGGACCGUCCGAUCACAGUGUCUCCACACUGCCAGAACACGGAUGAGCAUUUGAGUUUACAUCAUUGUGUUUGUAGAAAUGAGACAUUCACCAUGAUUAUCUUAAACAAAAAUUAGUCUAGUUUACGGAGCGGAUGAAAGCCUGUUAUGGCUCAAUCCGAUCUCCGAGAGUCUGAUCUUUCUUUCAUGAUUUAUCUGUAUAUUCAAACCAAUUUCUCUGUUGAGCUGCUUGAGUGCACUGACGCUCUCUAAAAAGGGAAAACCAUUAUAAUCAUCUUAAAGUGAAAUUAAGUGGAAUAUUUUGUGAUUUGGCUGUUCAGAAAAUACUUUUAAAUGAUCAAGUGAAUGACUAAAGUGGCAGUAGUAAACCUAAAUUAUUUCACUUCAGAUGUUUAAGGCAUUGUUUGACAUUUUGGGACAUAGACUUAUUUGUUUUCUGCGAUGAAAGUUAGACAAGAAGAUCAAUACCACUCUUACGUUUGUAAGGUGCAGCAGCUGGUUAGCUUAGCUUAGCACAGAGACUGGAAACUGGCUCAGACUGACUAUCAGCACCUCUAAAGCUCACUAAUCAACAUGUUAUAUAUCUCUUUUGUUUAAUUCGUACAAAAAAUUAAGUCUAAAAAUGUCAAGUUGUCACUCCUGGCUAAGAAACAGUCCAGCAUAUAACCCCUUGUGAAAUCACAACUAGACAUUUAUGCACUUCAGUGUUUAAACAAAUGAGAUAUAAUGUGUGAAGUGUAGAGCUUUAAAAGUGCUGGUAGUGCAGUUUUGCUACCUUCGGACAGAGGCAGGCUAGCUGUUUCCAGUCUUUAUGCUAAGCUAAACCUUACAAUUAACAGACAGAUCUUCUCAUCUCUUGGCAAGAAAGUGAUAAAUGUAAUUUUUUUUUCCUUUAAGAAUCAUCAUGACUCAUCUAAAAAAAAGUGUUGGUACUCAGGAUGCCCUUUUGAGUGUGUUCAAAGGAAAUUUUGAGAUGCCUUGAAGUUUUUUUGAAAUCUCGUGUAAUUAUGUGUGGCUCAGGCUACCUCCUUAACAGACAAGGACGGAUUCUCAUCUAGAAUUUUAAAAGAGAUCUGAGGAAAAUGCCCCCCUUUUUUUCCCGUAAGAUGUACAGUCAGCUUUGUAAAGCCCCUUUUGCCCCCCUUUUUUUUUUUCCAGGAGCAAACUUCCAGCCUGUCACGAUGGCCUAGACGGAAUUACAGUAGUUCCCUAUAAAUCCCCUCUAAUAAAAAUAGACUUCGGGCCAGCCAGCCAAACGUAUUUGAGUCAGACUCAGCUACAGAAAUAUCAAAACAUUCCAUCUGCAUGACUUUGUAAAGUUCAGCCUUUGUAUAAGUCUGCAUGUUUGUGUACUAGUCUGAUUGUGUGUAUGUCUGAAGGGUAUGUGUGUGUGUGUGUGUGUGUUAAUGUGUGUGUGUGUCGGGAGUUGAAGCAGGUUUUUACUGCCUUGUUAUGGCUCGUUGUUUCACAUGGGUGGGGGGGGGGGGAAGUGGAAUGAGUCUUAUCUCCCACAACCGGUCUACCGAGCUCCGGUCAAAACAAGCUGCCAAAAGCCGACCCCAGCUGCCUUCCCUCUCUGCCUCUUUCAGGAGAUUUUAAUCACUCGGCUGAGGCUGCACUCUGUGCCAAGGCCCCUUCUUCAAGCUCAUCUUCCUCUUUAUUUAGAGGGCCGCUCUUCUUUGUGUACGUACCAACUUUUUUGGCUGACGGUUUUCACUCCAAACACCUCACGUUUGCUAGGUCUUUUACGAAGCCUGUCACGAGAGAACGAAAACAAGCCCACCGUCUCCGCCCCACUACAGUUGCCACCCGCCUCUCUUGUCUCUCUUGUGUUUUUCUUAGUGUGGAGAAUCAAGAACUGCCUCAGAUGUGCUUUCCGAAAGGCCAUCAACGCUCUGCUUUAAUAACACCUUGAGCUGUUGCCGUGCUUAUGACUGUGCUACAGUAUCCAUUCUUCAUGAGGGGUCAUCCACGCGUAGUUUGGCAAAUGUUUGUUUCUCUUUGAUGUACUAGUGACCUUCCUACGCUGUGUGAGAGGAAUCGAUGUAUGACAGAAAUUUAUUUUUGGUGUUCUCUCUUCUUCUGAACAGUAUUUUCUCUGCCUAAUAAAAAUAUGUAUUCUGGCUA